GGGUCUCUGUGGUCGACACGUCACCCUGCGAAACGCGGAAGUGGAAAUCCGGAACGAGCCGCUGUUUAUUCUGGACUCUUUAUAUUUUAGCACCUGGAAGUUGGACGGCGGUGAAGGUGUUAAACAUCUAACAUCCCUCAGUGUGAAGCGUGAAAACACACGGAAAGGUGAAUAAGUAGGUGAAACUCAGAGGAUUGUUACUCUAACCCUGAUCAGCGUUGCAUGAUAACAGUGAGCGAGGGCAAGCAUGCAGCCGGGCAGUCAGGAGUCUCUGCCCUCUGCAGGGGAGAGAACAGAGCCGAGCCUGCUGUCCAGUAAAGAUACCUCGUCCCUGAGCAGUACGUAUGACCUGGCCGGCCAUCGAACUGUGACCUUUGACCUUUUCAAUAUGGUGGUCUCUUACAAGCGGAUGGCCAUCUUUCUGGAACCAGUUACCGAUGUGGUGGAGGUGUUGCGGUACCUGCUCGGGUGGAGAAUGCCUCUGUGUUCACUCUUCUGCUGCAUCCUACUGAACAUCCUGUUCAUCACAUUGAAUGAAGUGGUCUGGUUCUCUCUCGUCCUCUUGGUGGUCUCUGUCCCCGCUGUGCUGGGUUACCUUGGUGACCGUUGUCACGGCGACGCCACCGUGGAGAAAAAGAGACACCACGCGGUGCAGCGGCGAGAACUGCAGACGGUGUGCUUGAGCCGCCAGGAGGCCAUGAUGGAGGUUAAGGGCCUAUUAAAGCGUCUAGACGAGUUCCUGACUCAGGCGUGUGUGUAUGCAGAGUCUGUGUACAAGGUCCUGUACUGGGAGAGUCACGCAGCCUCGUCAGUGUUUUACGGUUUCCUCCUGACCACAGUGUGUUUGUUCUACACGGCUCCUGUGGGCUGGAGUCUGUGUCUCAUCAACAGCACUCUCUUUAUCUGGAACAAAGACUUCUGCAGGGUUUUGCUGCAGCUGAAGGACUUGUUCCGUUUAUCUUCAGUCCAGCCUGCAGAAGGAGAUGCAGAAAAGAGUGAACCAGACCAGAGCCACCUGUCAGACCGAACCCCUACUCCUACCAGUCUGGAGGAUCUGUCACCAGGUAGUGUUGAGGAGGCUGAGGAGGCGGAGCCUGAUGAUGAGUUUAGAGACGCCAUAGAGGAGAACCAGCUGGUCCUUCAGGAAUCCCAGCUGGCUUUUGUGGUGUGGCCUGAAAUCUCAGGGCUGGCCAAAGCCUUUUGGAGACGCAUAAUUCAUAAGGACGAUGAUGAUGUAUCUGUGGGCGGAGCCGAUUACGACUCUGUAUCUGAUAACGGCUUGUUGAUGAGGAACGAGCCGAUACGCAGCCGAGUGUCCAAGCUGACUGAGAAACUGCGCAAGCGUGUGCCCACCAACGCAACAGGUAACUGUUCCAGCUGUGCGUCGGCGUUCUCCGUGUUGAAGAAGAGGCGUUCCUGCUCUAACUGUGGUGUGGGCUUGUGUUCUCGCUGCUGUUCCUACAAAGUGCUCAAGUCCAGUAUGGGAGCUACAGCUCCAGAAGCUCAGAGAGAGACGGUGUUCGUGUGCGCUCCGUGUAACACCUUGCUUACCACCAAGUAGCAUCCCAUAAUAAUCUAAAACUCCGAAGCGUCCGGAUCUGUGGGCAGAGCUCUGCGUCGUCGUGAGCUCCUCGUCUCGUAGCCGUCCUGCACCUCAGCUAGAAAUUCUGCUUCCCGCCUCAUGCCUCCUCCCCUUUUCCUAAAGCUUCACUAGAUGUUUCUGCUAGAUGUUUCUGCUAGAGCUGCGACGGAAAUAAGCCAAGCGCAGUCUGGAGUGAAACCCAGACAGACUCCAGCUCCUGUAGUGUGUAUCAUACUCUCUAAUAUAUAUCACCUUAGAUAUCAGGUGAUGGAGAAGGUGGAGCCGUUUCUGCCUGGGGCUUUUCCUGGCAGGUCAUGUGACCAUCAUCAUCCUGCACUGGACAUUGUGUUCUGUUAAACUUUCCAGAAAAAUGCUCCUCAGCUGAUUUGCAGCUUCCAUAGGACCCUGUUCUAGAAUCAUCACCUGCUCGUUUGAGAUCCUGUCCAGAAACGGCUAAAUAUCUAAGUCCCCCACUGGUGUCACCUUCUGGAAUCUGUCAGAGUUUAAAAUGAUCUGUGAGACCCUGCUCUAGAAGCCAUGGCUGCUUCUGAGAAAAAGUUACAGAAUCCGUUCUGCAAUGACCACAUGUCUCAGUGAGACCCUGUUCUGGAAGUCCCGGGUCACAUGUGAUGGCACGUUCUUAAAUGAUCACCUGCUCCUUUGAAACCAUGCUCUGAGAAUUUUUUGCCACUGAUUGUACCAUGUUUUAGAAUCUGUCAUUAUGUCCUAGAAUCCGUGCCCACCUGUGACAUCAUAUUCUAGAAUCCAUCACCAUGUUCUUGUAUUCGUGGCUUCAUGAUGUCAUCUUCUAGAAACCUGUAGUCAACUAAGGUAUGUUCUAGAAUCUGUCACCAUGUUCUAGAACCCUUAGCUACAUGUAAUGCCAUGUUUCAGAAUCUCUCACAGUGUUCUAGAACCCGUAGGUUAAUGCGAUGUCAUGUUCCAGAAUCUGUCGCCAUUUUCCAGAACCUGUAGCUUAAUGCAAUGUUGUGUUCCAGAAUCUCUCGCCGUGUUCUAGAACCCGUAGGUUAAUGCGAUGUCAUGUUCCAGAAUCUGUCAGAUCUUAAAACGCGCUGUGAAUCUUUAUUCUGGAUCCCAUAGCCACCAUUUCUGCAUCACCUAUCAGAAUAUUCCAGAGCUGAUGAGAUUUUAAGGACAUGGCCCCGAAGUUCUACCAGUUCGAGAUUCCAAAUCGUUACUGCAUCGUAUAUACGGUUCAAACAGCAACCUUCGUAAAUACUUUAACACUACAACUCACCAAAAUCUUGAACCUCUAUUUGGUGGCUUCCAGAUUUCCUUCAUUAUGAAAAGCUUUAGCGUUCCCAGCAUGCCGCGCUCUCCGGUACUGUUUCUCGUUAACGCCGCUCAUGUUAAUACUGUACUGUUAUUGGUGUUUAUGGCGAUAAACUAACCACGCCCACAUUCUCCUCUUUGAAGUUUCUCGCUCCUGUGUAGAGAACAUCUGGGGUUCAGAGAUGGUGAUGGAUAAUAAUGAAGCAAGAACAACGUUUCUAUCAGCCAACAACGUGAAAUUACGUCUCAUGAAUUCGUUAUUUAUACAACGACAAUACACUGAAGUCUCCUUUGUCUCGAGAAUGUCUCGUUUGAGAUUAUUUAAGAAUGAACUAUAAUCAAACUUUUUUUGUUUCGUCUGUACAUCAGUGUUACUGUAAGAUCCGCACAUACACUGGCUUUUAUGCACCGUACUUGUCACAUGACCGACUCGGCUGCUGAUUGGAUCAUGGUUACGGCUUCUGAGCCAAUCGAUGAUGACGACUCUGAGAUCUUUCACGUAACAGUUUCUGGUUUUCUGAGUUUUCGAUCUCUGUUCCUUCAACAUCAUAUCACUGUUUUAUUUCUGAUCGGUCGAAACCGGUUUCUGAGAGUGCGGUUUAUCUUUUAUCAUUGUUAGUUUUUAUUGUUCUUUUUUCUUUUCUUUUAAAGAAGCAACUGAAUGUGAGACGUUGUAUAUUUUACCUGUUUGAUCUCUGUACUGUAACGCAACCGUAUUAAACCUAACUGUCGCCAACGACACUGUCGAGUCCCUCGUCUUGACCUUUCACAUGUUCAAUAAACACAGAGAAAUAA